UGCUUGAAAACCGGUCUUGAAGGACAGGGUGUUUGGGCGCAUGGUGAUGGUGAAGGUAGGAGCCCUGUGCCUAGUAAAAAGAGCAGAUGCUUUGGAGAGACAGAUAGUGGGAGGUUUGAGUUCUAGGUCUGCCAUUUCUCAGCCAUGUAAUUUUUUGCAAGGAUUAAAUAAUGGUUUUUCAAGUGCCAGGUAGGGAGCUCAGUAAGCGCUAGGACCUUUUCCCCUGUCCACAGUGACAUUUGUUUAACUCUUGUCUCCUGAGCACCAGUCUUAUGCUGAGUCAUAUGCUUCAUGCUGAGGAUCCAGAGAUGAGUCAGAAAUUAUGUAUUUCCCUUAGGAAUUUCCCAGCCUAGUGAAGGAGAUGGACACAAUGAGCAAAUUAAAGAAAAUAAGGGAAGUGCAAUUAUCUACAGCUGGUAGUGAGCUCACAGGAGAGUAACUCAUUCAUUCUGGAUAGAACAUUCAGGGCUAACUACCUCUUUAACAAGAUAUAACAAGAUGAGAUGUUAUCAUAGAGGUUUUGAAUGCAACACCAACUCUUAAUUUCUAUCUUUUUUUUGCCUUUGUCUUGUCUUUGCCCUGAUAGUCUCUCUCUUAAAAAAAAACACACACACACAACCUAGUUGCAGUGUGUACAUAGUUGUUAAGCUGCCUCAAGCUCAUUUUAGGAGGAAGCUAUUAUAAAUAAAAUCAACAUAAUAGCCUGGCUGUUAGUUAAGGAAGGCUUCACAAAAAAUUUCAUGAGAGUUGGACCUUGAGGGAUGAAGAUAAGCCCUUGGUGGACUUUGGGGUAAAGGAUUCCAGCCAAAGGAAGCCCCAUGUCCAGAGGCAUGCGAACACAACAAGUUCAAGGGCAUGAAGGAUAGCAAACAGCCAGGAGAAACACAGUGGAAAAUGCAAAACAACGAAAUCAUAAAACCUGCCAAAUACUUCUCAGAAUUGGAAAAGAGCAUCCUGCUGGCGUUAGUAGAAAAGUACAAGUAUGUGCUGGAAUGUAAGAAAAGCGAUGCGCGAACUAUUGCCCUCAAGCAGCGAACCUGGCAGGCACUUGCCCACGAGUACAACUCCCAGCCCAGCGUGUCGCUGCGGGAUUUCAAACAGCUGAAGAAGUGCUGGGAGAACAUCAAGGCUCGGACCAAAAAGAUUAUGGCCCACGAGAGGAGAGAGAAAGUGAAGCGCAGCGUCAGCCCGCUUCUGAGCACCCACGUCCUGGGGAAGGAGAAGAUUGCCAGCAUGCUGCCGGAGCAACUUUACUUCCUGCAGAGCCCUCCCGAGGAGGAGCCCGAGUACCACGCUGAGGCCGCCGCCCAAGAAUCAUUUGCUGUUUCAAAUAGAGAACUGUGCGAUGAUGAGAAAGAGUUCAUACAUUUUCCAGUAUGUGAGGGGACCUCUCAACCUGAACCCUCGUGUUCAGCUGUCAGAAUAACAGCCAAUAAAAACUACAGGAGCAAAACCUCUCAGGAAGGUGCUUUAAAAAAGAUGCAUGAGGAAGAACACCAUCAACAAAUGUCCAUCUUACAACUGCAGCUGAUACAAAUGAAUGAGGUGCAUGUGGCCAAAAUCCAGCAGAUAGAGCGAGAGUGUGAGAUGGCAGAGGAGGAACACAGGAUAAAAAUGGAAGUUCUCAAUAAAAAGAAGAUGUAUUGGGAAAGAAAACUACAAACUUUUACCAAGGAGUGGCCUGUUUCCUCAUUUAACCGGCCCUUUCCCAAUUCACCCUAAAAGACUGUGGGGGUGGCUCCCUUGUAAUUAAUCUGUGUUGGCAAAGAAAGUCUGGAACACGAACGUGCGGUCAGUCACCUGUAACAGAGCUACGAACUAGGAAAAUUAGAGUGGUAGCAGUCACUUAAGAAAAAAAAAAGAAUACAUUCAGGCAAACAGCUGCGCCCUAUGUACCCCUUCAGUGGUAAAGAAGCUGUCAGAGUUUUCUGAAAAUUAUCACUUUGAGUGCUAUCAUUCUGAAUGUAAUGUCUCUUAAUUAGAAUUCAUACAAGAACCA